ACGAGGGAAGAAUCUGAACGCAGCCAGGGAGUACGCUACAGUGACAGUACAGGGACGCAGUGACCUCAGCUUGAACCUGGCAGCAGGAAAUACACGGUGAAGGCGGCGGUUCAGACGCGGACAGACAAGCAGAGACGUCGUCGGUGGCAUAGUUCGUCAAUUUUCCACAGCCCGGUAUUGGCUAAAAGCUGCCAUUUAGCCUCAAAGCUAACAACGAGCUAGAUAUUUGGAACCGCAAUAACGCCGGCGGCGAACCAUGCAUAAGAUGCCUGGCCAACUUGAUAACCUGAAGUCCAGAAAGAGGAAGAGCAGCUCUGAGGUCAGAGUCUCCAGAAAGCUUUCUGAUUCAGGGAAGAAAAAUCGUAAAAGUCAGAAGUUGCACUCAACAGAUGAAAGUUCAGCACUGAAGUCCUCAAAAUCCUCAGAUAAACUGUCUCGUAUCAGCUGUGAAUGCCACGAGGCAGCUGACAGGAGGAGGUGUUCAGGUUCACCAGAGCUCGAAGGUCAGGAGGGGAAAGAAAACGAGCUGAAGUCAGAGCAGGAGGUCAGCAGCUGCAAAGCUAACAGCGUCUUGGAGGAACAGGCUUCUGAAUGUAUGGAAUCUGAAAACAACAGUAGAAUCGUAUUCCCAGAUGACGACAGUAAUCAAAUCCUUCCUGUGGAGCAGUUCUUCGGAAACCUGGACAUUGUACAGGACUUUCCUCAGAGAUCACCCGCUACUUCUCCCAGCGCUCGCAGGAAGGAGAGGAGCCGGCAUUACUACGCACAGGAAGACAGCGAUGGCGAAGAGAUGAGCCACGGCAGCCUUCAGCGAGAUGAUGAAGCUGGCACUUGGUGACCAGCUAGUUAGAACAGAACAUCAUCAUCCCAGCACUCUGGAAGAAGCAACCACAAACUACCUGCAUUCAGUCAGUUCUCUUUAUCUGUCCAAGUCUCCCCACCAUCACUGAUGUGAGAAUAAUGAAGGAGGUAUAGUGGUACUGGCUGUCACAAUCAAAUAGUGCUCAAAUUAGUGGUGUUUCUAGCUGCGUCUUCACUGAUGGCAUCUGGUCUGAUACCGUAAAGACUUUCUGCUGUUUUCUCACAUGCCAACAUGCACUAAAAGAAACUUAAUCUACAAGCCAACACACAAGUGCAUUUUAAACUGUGUAUAGAUUAAUGUAUACUCAAAUAGAUCAGUCCUCAGUUGUAGACUACCUUUUUCAGAGGUCUCGAAUAUUGUUGCAGAUUUCCUGUUAUUGUGGAGCCCUGACCUGGUGAUACAGAUUGUUGCCAAUUCAGAUUUCUCUUCCAGAACUAUAAUAAACAGCAUUCAGAAAAUACAUUUUACUGACCUUCCUUCCUCUGACUAUUUUUAAACAUCUUAACGAGACUAAAAAUUGCAAACGCUGAGGUUUCCUUCUUCAGUAAUGACUCCCAUCCUGAAGAGUGUUAUUGUUAGCAUGGCCUUUUGUUGCAUUCA